AUGAUGCGACUACCUACCUUUCCUCGUUCCACCAUCCUCGUGCUCGGCUUCAACUCAGUACAGUCACUAGUACCGUCUACUCUCAUCUCGCAAGUCGAGUCCCUGCUUGAAAGCCACCGUUUGGAGGAUGCAUUCAACCUGGCCGAUCAGCGGCGAAAGAAGUUGGAGGAGAGCCUUGCUAUUGACGAAGAUGAGGCAGAAGAACUCCGCUACGUAUACCAGCGGAUCGGAUUCCAAUGUUUCAAGGAAACACUGUUCGAAGACGCCGGGAAGCACCUAUUCAAUGGCGAACUAGAUCCUCGGCUCCUAGUCAGCUAUUACCCCGACCUACGAGGCUCUCUGUUUAGCGCAGAUGAUGCUAUGGACGUGUUUGCCGGUGUGGAAGAACAUAUGCCCAUGGAAGGCUCGGUAGACGACAUAAUCAGGAACUACUCCCCGCACCUGGAUACCGCGAGCGCACCGCCGACCGCAGAGCUCCGCAAGAUAUUGGGCAUGGCAGCGAAAGAGAUGCUCGAGGUGUUCCUGCGGAAGAGCCGCGCGCGCCGUAGCGUCGCGAGGGGUAAGGGUGUGGGGAGUGCAGGGGACUUAGUUGAUGUGACGAUAGACACGGUCCUGGCGAAGCUGCACGCAGAGUUCGAGAAGACGAAGGAGUUGUACGCGCUCCUGCAAGAGCCAAACGACGUGUCGAUACCUGAGGUCGAGCCAACACUACAGAAGACCGGUCAGUACAAUGCUCUGUGCAUGCUAUACAAGCAGAAGGGGGAGGACCUCAAGCUGCUGGAGGCGUGGGCCAAGUUGGUCGAGGGCGAGUGGACAGACGACGACAUCCAGGACCCGCUAUCCCAGAUGGUUGCGCUCCUCGCGGAGAAGAAGGACAAGGCGCUAACACAACGGUGGGGUCUCUGGUUAACAAAACGGGAUCCUGAGCGCGGUCUGAAACUCUUGAUGCCACGAGAUACUGGAAAGCGGAAAGAGCGACCGGAAGAAGAUAUUGCGCUGUUGGAGCAAAUACAUGAAGCCAACGCAUCUGCUGGAGCACAGUAUCUGGAGUACUUGGUCCUGCAACGGCGCAGCUCGUCGAAAGAGCUUCAUAUGCGACUAGCAAACUCGUGCGUCGACCAAGUCCUUUCCCACCUCAAAGACGACUCUGUAUCGAAGCUAUGGCGGGCGAAAGCGUCGUCAUACUCCUCCUCUCGCAACGAAUCCUCCUUCCUAUCCUACUUUUCUUCAACAACACCGGAAUCAGAACAUAAACGUGCACGGCUAAAGACGAUACUCCUGCUAGCUGGAUCCUCUCUAUACGACCCUAAUUCAAUACGAACGCGGCUGUUAGAGCAGGAGAAGAUACUAAAGCUAGAGUUGGCGAUCAUCGAUGGCAAGCUCGGCCAACAUCGGUCAGCACUCCGAAUCCUCGUGCACGACAUCAACGACUCAGCAUCUGCCGAAGCGUACUGUACGCUCGGAGGCGAGGUCGUACCGCCCAAGGUGGCUCAAACCGUGGCCGAAGGCAGCGGUCUACAAGAUUGGGUAGUGACGUUGUUCGGCCUCCCACCGCCUGCCAAGGGUGUGAACGGGCGAGGUGCUGUAGGGCCGACGCCCAUUACGCGCCUGAAGACGGUCAAUGAGGAGCUGAAGAAGGAGCUGCUCAAAGUCCUUUUGGAGGUCUAUAUGGAUGACAAGCAGUCUGAACGCGCGUCGCAGCUACUGAAUGCGCAGGCGGUGAACCUUGAUGUACUAGACGUCAUCUCCUUGGUUCCCUCGAGUUGGCCUGUGAACAUGAUGACAUUGUUCCUCUCGCGGUCUUUUCGAAGAACGCUGCACGCACAGCACGAAGGUAAAAUCAUCAAGAACAUCAGUGCGGGCCAGAAUCUGGAGGUCAAGGAUCACACAUGGGGAAUCCUGCGAGAGGAAGGCGCGAUCAUCGAGGAGGCAGUGGAAGAUGAUGAUGACGAGGAGUCCGAGGAGGAAGACGGGGGCCCUCAGUCAUUUGACGAGAAAAAGGUGCCGCCCCAGGUACUCUCUGUGCAUGUGCCUCCUGCCGUCGAUCUGGUACCUGGGGUGAAUGGCGGGGUGGGUUUGGCCAAGGUAGCGCCAAAUAGUGGUGGUGGGAGAGAACCUGACUUGGACAUGGACGAUCUUAGAUAG